AUGGCUCCUGGCGCUCUGCUGCCGGACAGUCCGGGCGGCACCCCGACUUCUGAGACCACCGGUGGCGGGUUCGUGGGCGGCUACUGGGCUCGCCUCAGGGGCGCCGCAGUUGCAAGGCUCAGCACUGGCUUUCAGACAAACACCAAUGACCACACCAGCGACGGUCACCAGGCAGAUGAACAUUCCAAUGGGGAUACCAACGGUCAUGCGAACGGCCAUGUCAACAGCGACGUCAACAGCCGUGAAAAUAGUGGCUCCAACGAACACGUGCCUCAUGUGAGCAGCGCCGUUCCCAGCACUGCCGCCAGCACAGCACCCAUCAGCGGGUUGAGGGACGGCGCUGCCGCCAAUGGUCACAGGCCAGCGAUCGGGCCCAAGGCCUCGACAGGCGCCAUCGCCAUCGUGGGCAUGUCGUGUCGGAUGCCGGGGAAUGUCUCCAGUCCCGACGAGUUCUGGGAGCUCCUGUCACGGAACCGUUCCGGCUUCAGCGAGAUCCCCGAGGAGCGCUUCAACUCUGCAAGUUUUUACCAUCCCAACCCAGGCAAAGGAGGAUGCUAUAAUCCCGUGGGGGGGAACUUCCUCCAGUGCGACCUGCGUGACCUGGACGCCCCCUUUUUUGGUCUGACAGAGAAGGAAGCCAUUUCGAUGGAUCCCCAGCAGAGGCUGCUUUUAGAAUGCACAUUUGAGGCUUUGGAGAAUGCCGGGAUCCCCAAACACCAUAUCGCUGGCGGAAAUGUGGGUGUUUUUAUCGGUGGAUCAUUCCCUGAAUAUGAAUCGCACCUGUUCAGGGAUAGCGACACGAUCCCGAUGCACCAAGCCACUGGCUGCGCAUAUGCGAUGCAAUCAAACAGAAUCUCCCACUUCUUCGACUUGAGGGGUCCGAGCUUCACCUCGGAUACGGCUUGCUCAUCGAGCACGGUUGCGGUCCACCUGGCGUGUCAGAGCUUGCGCGCCGGAGAGUCCAGUCUUGCACUGGUGGGAGGGUGUCACUUGAAUAUGUUGCCUGAGUUCUGGAUAUCCUUCUCCACAUGCAGGCUGUUGUCAGACUCGGGGAAGUCGAUGGCGUUUGAUAGCCGGGGAACCGGCUUCGGGAGGGGUGAAGGGUGCGCAAUGAUUGUCCUGAAGCCCUUGGAGCAGGCGCUCAAAGACAACGACGCGAUCCGAGCCGUCAUUGCUGGGUCUGGCAUCAACCAAGACGGCAAGACUCCGGGCAUCACGAUGCCAAACGGAGAAGCCCAGGAGUCCUUGAUGCGGCAGGUUUAUCGCGACUUCAACCUAAACCCCUGGGAUUGCGGCUUCGUCGAAGCGCACGGGACAGGUACAAAAGUCGGAGACCCAAUAGAGGCCACGGCAAUCCACAACGUGUUGGGGAAGCGCCGCACUGCGAGGGAGCCGCUUUUGAUAGGCUCUGUCAAAUCCAACAUCGGCCACCUGGAGGGUGCCUCGGGGAUCGCCGGGAUACUCAAAGGAGUCAUGAUGCUGGAGCGGAGUUUCGUGCUGCCUAAUCAUGACUUCAAGAGCCCAAACCCCAAGAUCCCGUGGAAGGAAUGGAGCCUCAAGGUCCCACCGAUGCAGAGGCCGUUCCCCCGCGGCAAGAAGUACGUCAGCGUCAACAACUUUGGCUUCGGCGGGACUAACGGUCACGUCGUCCUCAAGACUGCCCCGUUCCGGGUGAAGGAGGAAUUGACCGAGAACGAGCUCGACAACCAGCCCAAGUUGAUCGUGUUCUCGGCGAAUGACAAGACAUCCCUGCAAGCCAUUCUGAAAGACACCGUCAUCUACUUGGAGCGACGGCCAGAGGCCUUCGAGGGGGCCCUGAUGCGCAACAUUGCCUAUACGCUAGGGCAACGCCGGUCAUUGCUGCCAUGGAGAGCCGCCAUGCAGGCAAGGAAGUCCCUGUCGCUAAUCGAAGUUCUAAAUGGGGGGCGCGCUGUGGUGAACAAGGAGAUGGAGUCGGUUCGCAUCGGGUACAUCUUCACCGGACAAGGAGCCCAAUGGUGGGCAAUGGGCCGCGAGCUAUACAACCAUUAUCCUGUCUACACCGACAGCCUGGAUCGAGCCGACAGAUGCCUCGCCAGUCUCGGAAGCGGCUGGUCGCUUGUGGAGGAGCUUGCCAAGUCCGAAUUGUCGACCAUCGUGAGCGAAGCGCGCAUCAGUCAACCAUCAUGUACCGCGGUCCAGCUCGCCCUUGUCGAUUUGCUGCAGAACUGGGGUGUGAGGCCGACAGCAGUGGCGGGCCACUCCAGCGGGGAGAUUGCGGCCGCAUAUGCCGCAGGGGUUAUCUCGUUCGAGUCUGCCAUCAAGAUCGCAUACCACCGCGGCAGGCUAAUCCCUGUGUUGAGGCAAAGAUUCCCGGGCCUCCAAGGCCGGAUGAUGGCCGUGGGCGGGAGCAAGGACGAGGUUCAAGAGCUGAUCGACGGACUCGACGAGAGCCAAGUUCGGAUCGCAUGCUUCAACAGCCCUUCUAGCCUGACGAUAUCAGGCGACGAAGUCGCGCUAGCAGCGCUGGAGAGGCUUGUACAACAGAAGCAGAUGUUCAACCGGAGACUCGUCGUCGACGUGGCAUACCAUUCUCACCACAUGAAUUUGGUGAGCAAGGAGUAUCAUGCUGCCCUCGCCGACCUUCCAGCUCCUGUCCCUUCAGAUGUCAAGUUCCAUUCCUCUCUCGCCGGAGGUCUGGUGCAUGGGGCGGAGCUGCGGCCGAGCUACUGGGUCAACAACCUCACAUGCCCAGUGAGGUUUUCCGAGGCGGUCGAAAGCAUGCUUCAGCCAGCCGAUGGCUCCAAAGCGGGCGUCGAUAUGCUGGUAGAGCUCGGUCCGCAUUCGGCACUGCAAGGGCCAAUCAAGCAAAUUCUCAAGGCUGUUGGCGGUUCUGCGGCGAAGACAACGUACGAAUCGGCUCUGAUCCGCAAGAGGGAUGCUGUCGAAACGGCGCUUGAUCUUGCUGGCUCUCUCUUCACCAAGGGCGUGAACCUGAAUCUUGGGGCCAUCAACUUCCCCAAGCCCGGCAUCCCCCCGAUUCUGCAGAUAGACAUGCCCAGAUACCCGUGGAACUACCAAACCAAGUACUGGCAGGAGUCCAGGAUGACGGCGAAGCACAAGCAGCGAUCUCAGCCGAGAAGCGACAUACUCGGCGUUGAGGCCAUAUAUUCCAAUGACCUUGAGCCAACUUGGAGGAAUAUCAUCCGGCUGGACGAUCUUCCUUGGCUUCGGCAGCACAAGGUCCAGUCGCUGACCAUGUGCCCCAUGUCGGUUUUCAUCGUCAUGGCUCUCGAGGCUGCAUCUCAGAGAGUGGUCUCGAGUGACAGGCGCUUCGACAGAAUCGAGAUGAGAGAUGUCAAUAUCGUCAAGCCGCUGAUCAUCCCAGACGACGAUAUUGAGGUCACGACCACGCUCCGUCCCCACCAAGAAGGCACCCUUGUGUCUUCAGAUGUUUGGGACGAGUUCAGGAUCUGCUCCUAUUCGAACAAGAUUGGUUGGACAGAGCACUGUGUCGGCUUGGUCACCUCUCUGGCCCACGAGACCAACGACGUGGAUGGAGUCAGGCAACGCCUAGACUCUGAGGCGAUGCUUCACACAGCGGCCUCUGCUGUCCAAGACUCAGAACCCGUGGUGGUCAGAGUCGAGCAGAUGUACGGCGCAUUGGCAGGGGUCGGCGUAGCUCUUGGGCCUGCUUUUCAGGGCCUGAAAGACUGCGAGGCCAGCAGCACGCAUGCGACGGCCAAGGUCCAUAUGGAUGAUUUGGCUAAGGAGAUGCCCAGCGAGUGCCUUGCCUCGCCUCUCAUGCAUCCAUGUGUCAUCGAGUCUCUGAUCGGCAUGUACUGGCCAGUGCUUUUGUCAGGACAGUCGAAGAUUGCGACCGUGUAUCUGCCGUCCGCGGUCUCCAGGGUGUCUAUAUCCACACAGGCGAUGGAGAUAUCGAAGGCCGCCGGGCGUUCUUUGAGAGCGCACUGCAGCGCAGACUUUGGCCAGGGUGCUUCCAAGCCGGCUCGGGUCACGACGAUGGCGGUGGACGGUGACCACGGCAGGGAGCCUCUCAUCAUCCUGGAGGGUCUCCUCAUCGCACCUAUCUUGGAUGGCGAGACACAGAUGCAGGCCGAUGCGCCGCGAGAGCUUUGCUACAAGCUAGAGUGGGAGCCGGUGCUGGUACCAGUGCACUGCUCCAGCGAGAAGUCGAACGGAGCACCUGGCAAUGGUGAAUCAGGCCCGGGACCACUCCAUCCUCUGUCAGUCGUCAUUGUCCAUGAUGACUCGGUCUUGCAAAGGUCCGUGACACAGAAACUAGCGACGGCCAUGGAUAAAGCGGUUGGGAGGAUGCCAGAGAUUGGGCAGCUGUCAACUAUCCAGCCAGAGGGCAAGAUCCUCGUCUUCCUCUCCGAGCUUGACACGACUCUUCUCUCCACGAUCUCAGCAGCUCAAUUCGAGCUCCUUCGGGGAGCUCUGGCCAAAGCUGAUGGAUGCCUCUGGGUAGUCCGUGGCGCAUACGCCAGCUCGACGAACCCAGAGGCAAACAUGAUCACCGGCCUGAGCAGAUCCAUCCGGUCAGAGACAGCGAUGAAAUUUGCGACGCUGGACCUCGACGGCCACGAACCCCUCGCGGAAGAGCUGGUAUGCGGUGCCGUCAUGCGGGUUUUCAGGGAGGUUUUUGGGCCAAGCGCAGCCAACAUGCGUGAGCUCGAGUUCAUGGAAAGAGGAGGAGCGUUCUUUACUCCAAGGAUCGUCAAUGACGACCUGAUGAAUGCCUUCGUUCAGGAACAAAUAAAUCCUGCAGCGCUAGAGGAUUCGCCAUUUGACAGCGAAGAUCGGCAACUCCGGCUUUCCAUCUCAACGCCGGGAGCUCUGGAAACGCUCCAUUUUGUCGACGACCCUAUGGCCAGCCAGCGACUCGCAGGCGACCAGGUUGAGAUUGACAUCCGGGCGACUGGGGUGAGUUUCCGCGACGUCAUGGCUGCCAAGGGGCAGACUGCGGAGGAUAUUGGCUACGAGGUCAGCGGCGUGGUUGUCUCGGUUGGUCCUGAGGCUGUUGGCCUGGCGGUUGGCGACCGUGUAGCCGCCUUGGUCCAAGGAGGCUAUGCCUCCAAGGUGCGCACGCCCAUCAGGAACGCCUUCAAGUUGCCGCCAGCGAUGACCUUCGAAGCAGCUGCCACGCUACCAUUGGCGUACUGCACGGCGUACUACAGCCUCUUCGAGAUUGGAGGGCUUGAGCGAGGAGAGAGCGUGUUGAUCCAUUCAGCGGCCGGGCCUGUGGGACAGGCUGCAAUCGUCCUAGCCCAAACAGCGCAGGCAGCGAUAUUUGUCACAGUUGGAACGGCUGAGAAGAAGGCGCUCAUCAUGGAGGAGUACGGAAUUCCCGACGAACGCAUCCUCUACAGCCGACGGAGGACCGCAUUCAGCAACACACUCCGCGAAGCGACGGAUGGGAAAGGGAUUGAUGUGGUACUGAACUCGGCAACGGGAGAUGCGCUCCGGGAGUCGUGGGAAUGUCUCAACGAAUUCGGCAGGUUCAUCGACAUCGGAAGAAGAGAUGGCAGCGUGAAGACGAGAUUGGAGGUGACCAGAGCAGGCAAGAACUCGGCCUUUAUCUCGCUUGACUUUUUCGCAGUGGUUGCUGAGAGGCCAAGGGUGAUUGGGCGUGUGGUCGGCGAAGUCUCGCGACUGCUCGACAGUGGGAGGAUCCGCCCAUUGACUCCGAUUACAGUGUUUGGAAUAUCUGAGGUCGAGACAGCACUCAAGAAGAUGCAAAGUGCAAGACUGGCCGGGAAGCUGGUGGUGGUGCCCCGGCCGGGCGAAAUCGUCCAGGCAACCCAAUCUCGGCCAACGAACAGACUGCUUCGUGCAGAUGCCACAUACGUUCUCAUCGGUGGCACUGGCGGGCUCGGCCGGAGCAUGGCCAGGUGGAUGGUCGGCAAUGGAGCCCAUCACAUCGCCCUUGUGUCUCGAAGCGGUUCUGCUGAAGGCAAAGUGCGAGAGCUGAUACAAGAGCUCGAGGAGCUAGGGGCGGAAGUGGUUGUGCGCAAGUGCAACGUCGUCAGCCGAGACGAAGUCGACGAUCUGGUGACGAACGGGCUUCGGGGCAUGCCUGCCGUGCGCGGUGUCGUCCACGGAACAAUGGUCCUUCAUGACGUGUUGUUUGAGAAAAUGACGUGGGAUGAGUACGUCAAGGUGACCGAAGGAAAGGUUCAAGGCGCCUGGAACUUGCAUCAUGCCCUCGCCGGCAAGGAGCUCGACUUCUUCGUCGCAAUCUCUUCGGCUGCCGGAGCGGUCGGCAACAGAGGUCAAGCCGCAUAUGCAGCAGCCAACUGCUUCCUCAACGCCCUUGUUCAGCACCGGCUGUCGUUGGGGCUUCCCGCUUCAUCGCUCGACCUGACAAUGGUGUCCGAUGCAGGCUAUUUAGCAGGGAAUGCCGACAAGCUCGCCGAGGUGGCCAGGAAUCUGGGAAGCGACAGCAUAUGCGAGUCCGAGGUUCUGGCGUUGCUUAGAGCAGCCAUCGAGGGCAGACUCGCCGCUACAUGUAACAACCACGCCAUCACCGGAAUGCGUAUUACGCCUGCGAUGCAGCCUUUCUGGACCUCGGAUGCCAAAUUCAAGCAUCUACGCUUGGCUAUGGAGGCUCAAGCAGCACAGGGAGAAGGUGGUGGCAUCAGCACCGUCUCGUUUGGUGCUGCAGCCAAAGCAGCGAAGUCGCUCGAGGAAGCCGAAAGCGCAGUUUGCAGAGGCUUGGUGGACAAGAUCUCGACCGUUCUCAUGCUCGAGCCCGAGGAAAUGGACGUGACUCGGUCUCUAUCGCACUACCCGCUGGACUCGCUGGUGGCUAUCGAAAUCCGCAACUUCAUCGCGAGAGAGUUCGAAGCAAAUAUGCAGGUGCUGGAACUGCUCUCGAGCGGGUCGAUUCAGGCAUUGGCCAGGGCAGUGUGCGUGAAGAGCAAGUUGAUCUCGUUCACUUAAGGCAAGUUUCGGGGGCUUGAUUAGGAGCAUGCAUAUUGCGCUGGGCACUCGAGAGAUUCGACUUGAGCGUGUGGGGGCCUGACGUUCGCAUGGUCGGCGUGAGAUAUUCUGAGUCCAGGCCCUCACGCGGGUUGCG